UUUGAAUUAUAUUACAUGCUUAGCAGGCAAGGCUCAGUCCCAACAAAAAGUCUUAAGGGUUGAGCUUGGAAUAAAGAGUUUAGGUCCAACAUGAGGAGAGGAGGCCCAAUAAAGAGAACAAUGCCUUGAUCAACUCCUAGUGAGUUGAGGGAAGCAGGAUAGGUCCACCAAGCAGCUUCUUGGAGAUCGGAGGAAGAAUUACAAAUCUCUUGAAGAAUUAACACCUGCAUAUGGAACACAUCUCAACAAAUGGUGGUUGCCAGAGAUAGGUGCAAUCCCAAAGAGUGAGGUACCCUCUGAGCAAGCAGAGUAGGGUGCUAGGGGGACAUGAUGCCAAAAUAUAGCCAUGUGCAAGAUGAAAUAGCAGCCGACUUGUCCCCUAAAAGUAGUACAACAGAAUUGAUAUCUCUGAGAAGAUGGGUUACUUGACCCUAUAUAUAUAUAAAGAGGUUGGUUCAAUGAAUAGAGGUAUGAAUAGAACACCUUCAGACAUAUACCCCUGGUUAUCUCUUCUCACAAUUCCUGUAGGCAGUGUCAGAAUGCUCUCCAGCUGACAACACCGGCCGGGCAGCAGCACUAAUGGUGUUUGGGUUCCUGCAGGGAUUUCAAGCUUGGGAGGUGUCAUCCUACUUUCUUCACAAUUCAAGGAUUUUUCCCUCCUCACACACCAACUUUCCACUAAUUUGCAAUUCCCCUAUGAUACGAAUAUAGAAAAUUUUCGAAAAUGCAUUGUUAGAUUCUAAAUUAAAAAAAAUAAAUCUAUUUCUCUCUAUAAGUACUUUCAGAUGUUUCAUGAUUUGAUAAAAUGCAAAACAUAACCACAUUUGUAUAACUAGAUGGGAGACACUCAUUAUGUGAGUGCACGACAAACAAAUUAUCGGCAACAAUUUGCUUGUAAUGGCUUCUAAUAAUUUUUAUAUAUAUUUUAUUUAGGAAUGUGGGUGCUAAGAUAUUCAUAAACUCCAUGGAAGUUGAAUUAUGUGUGGUGAAAUUAAAAAAAAAUAAAAAAAUUAUGCGAGGUGAAAACAUGAUCUCAGUUCUGAUGUUGGUGUCACUUUUGAAUCAACUAAACAGAAGCCUCCUUGGAGCAAAAUGGCCCUCUUCUAUCACCUCCCUGCACCUAAUUCUCCUAUUACUAUUCACAUUUUUUUUUGUUUAAUUUGUUUACUUUGACUGGUAUUGAUGGAAAAGAUCAUCGUAAUUCAUUUUUUCGUAGUUUCACUAAUUUGAGUUCUUGAUCCUUUAUAAUCAGUCGACAUUAGUUUUUCACUUUUUCCUUAAUGUCAAAAGUUUGUAAGUGAAAAUGUCUACUUUUUUUCUUAUUUUUUCCCCCUUUCUGGUAGAAGUGAAAGGUCGAUCGAAAGUUGGUGGCAUGUUUUUUCUAUCUCAGAAUCCUUCUCAGCAUUUGAGUUCUCUGUUGUCUUUGGACAAAGCUUCAAGAUGGCAUUGCAUGUGCUAAUGCAGAAGGGCGCUUGGGUCAAGCGGCUGACAUAAGCAGAUACGGAUAUCAGGAACUGACCACACCAUGGAAUUCAUAUAUUCAUUAUUUAGUAAAUGGUUGGGGCAUUACAUAAACCUUAAUCCAAACAUGAAGAAUCUCAAAAGAAAGAUAAAGGAUUUGAGCACUAAAGUGGAUGAUGUAGAAACAGAACUGAGGGGCGCAGAGCACCAUCCAGCCAAAAGACCAAGGAAAGUAGCUCAACAUUGGUGUAAAAAUGUGCAAGAUAUGAUAGAAUCCAUGCAAAGACUUGAGGAAGAAGUAGAUGGACUUGGACAAUGGAUGUUUGUCUCACGUGCACUGUUGGGAAAGCAUGUCGAGGAGAAGAUUCAAGACGUGGUAGAACUGCAAGAACAGCAUAAUUUUCCUCGUGGUGUGCUGAUUGAUGCUCCUCCAACUUCUGAACAGUUCAUACCAACAGCAAGAUUUUUUCGUGGAAGUGAAACCAUAACUGCAAGGAACAAGGGGCAAUACUUGAUGGAUGACGAGCUCUCCAAUGGCAACCAUCAAUGUUGGCAACCACUUGCAUCAAUAACUAAUCAGUAUCGACAACCAUGCCCAAAUUCACCAGGAAGCUGCAAUCAUGUUGCUCGUUCAGAUUACACUCACACCUCUACCUCUCAGCCAUUAUCCCAGAACCCUCGAUCACAGCCACCAUCAUUGGCACCUUCAUCAUCACUCACAACCACAUCACUACCAUCAUCAUCACAUCCCACCUCAGUCCUGGCAACUUUUAACUCUACCUUGACUAGUCAAGGCAAUGUUAGGGGCAUCAAGGAGUGGAAUACUGGUGCUAGGAUGGACAUCCAAUUUGACAGUACAUUCCACCCGGUAGGGGAUCAAGAUGCCUCCUUGAAUGGCCAACUUGGACAGAUAGUGCGUAAUGGCACCAAAUUCCCCUCACAUAUGGAGAUAUCGACUCAAAACUCUUGCAAUUGGGAGCUUCGUGGCCCACCUCUUACAAUGGGGCAGACACACUUCUCGCAAGACGGGUAUAAUUGGCAACUCUUUGACAAGCCCGAGUCCCUCCAGGCGACACAACUUGGCUAUUUUCGAACAUAUGGGGGGGAUGCGCCUCAGAGUGCGGUGUACAAACAUGGUGUGGGCCCAUCACUUGCAUCCCAAGCCUUAACGAUGGCCGAGAUCACUCAACAAGUUUGGGAGAAGUUAAUGCAGGAGCAGGCGUCAAUGAUUGUCCAAAACACACAACAAAUAUGUGAGAAGCUCAAAAGGGAGCUCAGGGCAGAACUCACUACACAUAUCGAGCAAAUGACAAAUUAAUUUCAAGCGAAGAAGGGAGUUCAGAUGCCUUCUAGGUUCUGGAUGCAUCUGAGUGGCCACUGUGCAUUUAAGGAGUGUGUAUAGAAGAUAGGACCCUACUGUUGCAGCCUAGUUCUAUACCUCUACCACCUUCUAC